AAUAGGAUUCCAUUCAAAAUGGCAUGCUUACAUAAAAAAAAUGCAGUUUUGACAAAAGUCCAGUUCUUUCUGUUCAAUCUCCCCUAGGAAGAUAUGUUCACAAUCAAAGCUGUGGAUCUUGGCACUAUCUUUAAAAUCAGGAUCCGCCACGACAACAGCUUCCCAAGACCGGACUGGUACCUGGAGAAAGUAGAAAUCCUUGAUGAGAAUACAGAAGACCUGUACCUGUUUCAGUGUGAACGCUGGCUGUCAAGGAAGAAGGAGGACACCAUGAUUGAGAGGAUACUUUGGGAAAAAAACGCUGACCGUGAUCGCAAAAGCAUUGGUAAUUCAUCCCUGACACAAGACAGCAAUGCAAAUGUGAUGGAUAAGAAAACUUCAGAUGGAUCUACUCCAGAUGGGCCAUUCAUUCCUUACCACAUCAUCGUCACCACAGGUAGUGAGUUAGGUUCUGACACUGACAGUCGAGUUUUUCUCAUCAUGAUGGGACCUCAGAAUAUUAGAACAGAACGGCUGUGGCUUGAUCUCCCAGAAGGACAGGAUGAAUUUGCAGAUGCCUCUGUGGAGAAAUUCUAUGUUAUGGGACGGGAUGUUGAAGAAUUAAAAAAAAUAGAGGUGGGCCAUGAUGGGGCCACACCAGAAAGCUCCUGGCUCUUAGAAGAAAUAACCAUCGUCAUACCCACCAAAGGACUCAUGUACACCUUUGUUUGUAAAUGUUGGCUGGCUAGAGACAUGGGAGAUGGUCUUACUUCACGAGUCUUCAAUGUCUUGGAUGCUGACAGUGUCAACAUUGGUCUGAAGAUUUUGUAUGAAGUGACUGUUGUGACUGGAGAUAUCUCAUAUGCUGGAACUGAUACUGGAAUUUUUUUUAUACUCUUUGGAUCCAAUGGGUGCUCAGGAGAGAUGCAGCUGGACAAAAAUGGAGACAGAUUUGAGAUUGGUCAAAGAGAUACUUUUAUAAUGGAGAUCCCAGACAUUGCACCGCUUAGGAAGAUGAGGAUAUGGACUGAUGGGGAAGGGUGUCGUCCAGACUGGUUUCUGGAAGAGAUCAUCAUGAAGAAUCUGACCACUCAGGAGGUGACCACCUUUACAUACAAUGACUGGUUUUCAAAACAAUGGGGCGACAAGCUUACCUUGGAGUGGGAAAUGCCAGCAAUGAUUGAUGGUGAACAGAUGAUGGACUACACAACAUAUACCGUCCAGGUUAAAACCAGUGACAUUGGAGGAGCUGGAACAGAUGCCAAUGUGUUCCUAAUCAUCUUUGGGGAAAACGGAGACACUGGGACUUUGCCUCUGAAGGUAUCAAACCGAUCCAACAAGUUUGAAAGGGACAAGUUGGAUGUCUUUGAUUUCCCAGAUGUGCUCAGUCUUGGGGACCUCUGCAAAGUGCGUGUCUGGCAUGACAACAAAGGAAUUGCACCUGGCUGGCACUUGGAAUACAUUGAUGUGGAAGACUCCAUCAUGGACAAAAUAUACCGCUUUCAGUGUGAUCGCUGGCUGGCGAAAAAGGAGGAUGAUGGGCAGCUCCUGCGGGAACUGGCUUGUGCCAAUAAUGACAUCCUGGAACUGAAAGAGCGGACUUCUUAUGAAAUCCUCACCAUCACCAGUGACAGAGAAGAUGCAGAAACCAAAGAGAAUGUCUUUGUUAUUUUUGAAGGGAAGAAAGGACGUUCCAAAGAGUUUCUUCUGGAGAACUCUUCCAAGAAAAGGAGGUUUUUAAGGGGAGCAACCGAUGUAUUCGAGUUUUCUUCGAAGAAUGUUGGUGAUAUUGCAGCCAUCUGUGUUGGUCAUUGUCCAAAAGACGGAAAGAAAUCAAGCGUGAAAGCAGAUGUCUACUGGCAUGUUGAGGAGAUUGUUGUUACAGAGAUGGAACUUAACAACAAGUAUUUCUUCAGGUGCAAUGCAAAAAUUCCCCUACGCGCAAAGAAGGGCGACCACAAAGUCAUCGAGUGUGCCAAGGUGAUUGAGAGUUUUGCCAGCAAAGCUCGGAGUCUGGUGCCAGUCAAAUACGAGGUGAUCAUUGUGACAGGAUCUGUGAAGGGAGCUGGGACCGACGCCAACGUCCUCCUCACCAUCUAUGGAAUGAACGGGGACUCGGGCAAACGGGCUCUCAAGCAGAAAUACCGCAACCUCUUUGAACGGGGCAGUGCCGAUCGGUUUUACCUGGAAAUCCUUGAACUUGGAGAGUUGAGAAAAGUUCGUGUUGAGCACGACAGUAAGGGUUUUUCUCCAGGUUGGCUGGUAGAAAGGGUUGAAAUCACCAACUCUGCUACUGGGGUGACAACCAAUUUUCCCUGUGGGAAAUGGCUUGACAAGGAGAAAGGCGAUGGUUUAACAUGGAGAGAGCUAUUUCCUAGAAAUUAAUAGUAUUAGUAAGUAGAAAUGGACACUCAAGCAAAUGAGUUUUAUGGCACUAAACCCUUAAAGGGUUGCCCUUUUCUUGUUAUAUGCCUUCAAGUUAUUUCUAACAGAGAAACCUAUCACAUAGGAGGGUUUUGGUAAGAUUUUUUUUCUGAAGCAGCUUGCCUUUGCUUUCCUCUGAGGCUGAGAGAAUGUGAUUUGCCUAAAGUCUAUCAAUGGGUUUCAAUGAUUGAGCAGGGAUUUGAACCCUGCCCUCUCAGUAUCUUUGUCCAACAUUCAAAGCAUUAUAUGACACUGGCUCUUUUUGGCCCUUUUACUGGCCAAAAGAAGACGAAGUGGAUUUCAGCUCUUGACAGUUUCCAGAAAAGACAGUUCACCUUUUAAAUAGCUGGGCUCCUCUACAUUACUGGAUAGCUGGUCUCCUCUGCAUUCCUUAAAAACAGAAACAACCCAUUUUAAAAAAAAUACAGAAGUGGUCUACCAACUAUUUCUGGUUUUGUUUUGUUUCCUGUUUUGUAUCUUGGCACUCUGUGCAGCACUAGAUCUUUCCAGAGACAGCAUGUUAGGACCCAGACCUUGCCUGGUGGAAACAGAAUUGUUCUGAAAUGCUUAAGCCUGGUCAGGUAAUGUUUUAUAAGGCCUAAAUCCAAUUGCUAGUUCUAAGUAGAGUAGACCCAUUGGAUCACCAGUGGCUUCAGUAGGUUUGUUCAAUAGUCGCCUCCACAUUCACUAGUUUCCCUUUCAUGGAUUUCAUUAAUAUGUUCUCUCUAGGAAUCUCUAGGUCUCCCAGUGUGAUUCUAUGGCCAACAUCUGGUGACAGUUGACCACAGAGUUGGGCUAGAGUACCUAGAGAUUCCUAGAGAAGUGUUAUCUCAGGUUUAAAAAACUGGCACUCAUAAUUUUGAUCUUCAUUGUUUUUAAUAUGGAAUAUAAUUUGGUUUACCAUUUUGUAAAAUAAAUAUAUGUAAAUCUACUUUAAAAAUACAUGAAAAAUAUAAGAUGUUUUUUUCUGAUUAAAAUCUUUCUAGUGUAUGCUGUGGGGCCGUUUCAACAUUGCCAGAUUUUAUUCUGCCUCAUAAACACUAAUAAAGAUGUAUUUUUAAAAAUGGUGUUGAACUUUAAUAGUGUCAGUGAAUUCCAACGCAUGAGCUGGUCACUUCAUGCAGAGUUCUGAAUGCACUGACUCAGAAUCCAAUUAAUCCUGGCAUGGACUACAAGCAUCUCAUAGGUCACAUACGUCCUCCACCCACUGUUUUUUCAAUCUCUCUUUCUGUACCACCACCAUCAAAAUCUGUAGCACUGAUACCCCAGAUACAGCCACAUUACUGAAGUUUCACAGUGCAACAAAAAGAUUUUUCCCCUCUUCUUCCAUUCCAGAAAGGAAGGAGACACUCUGCCCUGUUUAUCUGGGCUUUGUGGCACAAGAAGGCAUUCUGAUACUAUCUUGCACCAUAGACAAUGACUGCAAUUGUUGUUGAAUUGUGCUAACAACUGUACAGAAAGUAAAAAUCUCAUAGAGCUUUAACUGUGGACUUUAUCACACAUGGUUACUAUUUCAUAUCUAUAUGUUCAUUGGAGGAUCUUGGCCUGUGUGUUUCACAGACAGUUGUGCAUUCUUGAGUAAAUACUGUACACAAUGUACCACUUGGCUCACUGGGAUUGUGGAAACAUCAGAUGUAAUCACAGUUGGUAUUCAGUAGAAUGGUAAUAUAGUGCAACAUAAGGGUGUGAGUGUAGAUUUACACUAUGCAGUAUGACCAAGGAAUUCAGCUAAUGUUGGAGUUGUGGGUGAGUCCUCGAAGACUGUUGGGUUCAGCGUAUCCCCUCCCCUGUUCUACAAAGUUGCCAUGCCCUGUUGUAUAAGAUGUUGUGGAGAGUAGAGGUUGAGUCUGCCUUAUCCACAAUUCCGAAAUAUUUGAAUAUUCCAAAAUCCAAAAUUGUUCAGAUGGGUGGCUGAGAUAGUGACAUUUUUAC